AUGACUAUAUCACCUCAACCCGCGCAUAACCAAUUCGAAUCCUACCAAUGGACUACUGAGAGUCGUAGUAGUCAACAAAGACAUGGAACAAUGACUCCAUCCCAAGACGGGCGGCUGUCUGCGAUUCCAGACCCAGUUGAACGUCAUGUGGCUAGAUGGCGUAGUGAGAGUCGCAAUUCGAAUAAGGAUAAAGUCUUCCGUAACGAUGAGGAAUUCAGUCAACAAGACGAAAUUGUUAAUGGUACUUUGACUGCAUUGAAAAAUGAUGUGGAGCAGACAACAGAAAUCAUUCGUCGCAAACAAGAACAAAUGAGAAUGGAACGUCGUCAGUUCCAAACUGAAAUGGAAGUCAAUGGAAGAAUCACAAUAGACCCAACUGACGAUUGGCUGGCUGCUAGACUCAAGGCAGUCAGUGCAGAUGAUAUGAACCAACAGUUGAACCAGUUGAAGCAGAAUCAAAGGCAAAACGCUGUUACCGACACUCUUGCCGCUCUUGUCUAUGAUGUGAACGCCACCACAGAAGUGUUGCGCCGUGGACAGCGCGGACGUGACGGAGAGAAUGGGAGCAAGAAGAAAAAGGAAGAAAUCGAGUACACACUUCGACUCACUCCAGCUCCAGAGGAACAAAUUCCACAGAGGCCAAAGAUUCCAGAGGAUGAUCAAUUGGAGAAGGACGACUACUCUCGUGAGUAUGGAGUUCAGAUGACUGAAGAGACAGACAGUCUCCGUCGUCGUCGUGCCAGAAGUACAACCCCACGAAGAACUCUUCACAUCUCCGGGUCGCCACCGCCACCCCCUCCAGCCGUCUGCGCCUACUGUAGUGAAGAAAUCGACGGCGCAAUUCUGACCGCAUUGGCUCCCAAUUCAGAAAGAGCUCAAAAGUUCCAUACCUACCACUUCAUGUGCACAUACUGUCAAAAGGCACUCAACAUGCAUGGAACAUUCCGUGAACACGAUCGUAAACCAUAUUGUCAUGACUGCUUCUACAAACUUUACAACGGAUUGCAAUACGCACCGGAUGAUCAUCAAGCGUCUAUCGAGAAACUUAUCUGA